AUGACAAUGACGCGAGAUGACGGCCGUAUCACCUCCUUCGCGAGUUCUAGCAGUGGUCACUCAAAUAUCACGUUGAAGCCAUCCGUUCCUAGUCGCUCAGUCUCGGUCUCUUCAGCCUCGGUCUCCUCAGCCUCGACCAAAGCUACGCCGAAACCCAUCAAGACGAGCGAAUAUGGCAAAAUCAGACCGUAUGCUGAAGACUCUCAAGUCUCACCGACAACUUCCGGCCAUCGCCUUGCUUUAUCACCGACUUCGACCGCAUCUAGCAGUUCACUACUCGACAAUCGACGCAUGAGCGACCUUGCCGACUACCGUCGCGAUCUUGCCGUUCUUAACCCAGCUAAUGGCCGUAUUCCCCAAAUCCAACGAGAUCCUCCAACCAGUCCGAAUUCCCAGCAUAAUAUAACGCCUUGGAUGUCUGUCAACGGUGGGGCGGCUACGUCUCCGACUGGUUUCGGGACGAGCUUCUACAAUGAUUCGAGCGACAAUGUAUCCACUACCUCUCAACUUUCGCCUGCCUUUAGAUUAGGCCCUUCGCGACCAGCUCAGGCAUCAAGCAAUGAGUCUCCCGAUGCGGCAUACUUCACGGACGAUAGGCGACCUUCAGCGGCUAGUAUAACAACAGCAAGUAGUCAAGGCUCUAAAAACAGUGGCAGUAGAGGGGGGCUUAAGAAAUUACAGGGGUUCUUCGGAGAGGAUUUCCCAGGUCGCGAUUCAUCCGAAACUAGCCUGCCAGCACCACCUUCGUCCUCUCAAAAUCAAAAAGAUCAACGUUCCUACUCUUUCACCCGACCGCGUCGCGGGAGGAACGACUCAAACGCUACCGAUCAUACCAGAGAACCUUCACCCUCUUCCUCACGACCGCGUACGCCGGUACCUUCAAGCGAUGUAGUACCCUUUUUAUACCAAGAGGCCAAUGACAUCGCCAAAUACGGCGAGGCUCCGGUUCGCGAUAUACUGACCGGUCCAGACAGGGAACGCUACACCGGGGAAAGUUCUACACAGAUACCGCCGAAAACUUCGUCCUCCUCUCGCUCUGGACACUCGAUUGUCCAUUUGUCUAGUCAUCACCGCCACCACAGGAGCACCGACGACUCCAAUACAUUGCGCCCGGUUAUCAGUCGCGAAGACUCGGCUCUAAACGUUCAAAAUAUGAAGGAAAGAGGCGGCUCUGCAGCGACUGCGCCGCGGUCGCGGGCCCAAAGUCCCACGCCAAGCAGCAAUAGCAAUGGUAGUAGACUCGCAUCUAUUGAUGGCCAAACAUCCCCUGGGGCUCCUGGAAAACGGGGCAUCUUUGAUCGGCUACGACGACACAAGCACAAAGAUGAUGGUCAAGCAUCACGUUUAAGAAGCAUGCCCGGCUCUUCUCGCUCGCUUGCGCCAUCGUCGUCCCGGCAAGAUUUAUCAAAAGGGAAUCAGUCGCCUUAUGACAAAGCUCCCUUUACCGUGGAAACUACAACCCCUCAGGCUCGCCCAUCCAACCCCCGACAAGCGACCUUCAAUAACAAAUUCCCCUUCUCGAAGAAGGGGCGUCCGCAUAAGGCCUAUGACGAUCCCGAUGAACACAUUGGUCCAACUGAUAGGAAUGACAAGGGCAAUGUGUUCGUCCUUGAUACAAAUCUGAACGAUAUGGAAGGCAUAUUGGCACAACCUCCGCCUUUGACACCUAUGGAGCCUUUGUUCUUACCGACAGAUACCGAGCCUUUGGAACCAGUUCAAUCUAAAGGAACCGGGGCAUGGAACGCGCCAGACAGCUGGGCUGUCCGUCGUACUGCGGAGGAAAAAGAGACUCAUGUCCCUGAAGUUGAGGAAGUUGGGGCUCCACCAAAACCUGAGGAGAAGCAGAAUCCUCACUGCAUACGGGUAUUCCGCGCCGACGGUACUUUUGCUACCGUACAAAUGCCACUAAACUCUACUGUUGCCGACGUUAUGACCCAAGUCGUUAAGAAGACAUUCGUCACUGAAGGUCUCGAGAACUACCAUAUUGUGUUGAGAAAGCAUAAUUUAUCUCGGGUUUUAGCUGCUCCAGAGAAACCGCUUCUAAUCCAGAAGAGACUGCUUCAGCAGGUUGGAUAUGAAGAAAAAGAUCGCCUAGAAGAUAUCGGCCGAGAAGACAAUGGCUACCUGUGCCGUUUCUUAUUCCUGUCGGCGAGGGACAACCAUUUCACAAUGAGUCCCCAGGACCUCGGGCUCGGUAGGGCCACGAAGUUCAACCAUGUUGACCUUUCCGGACGAAACCUAAUUACAAUUCCUAUCACGCUCUACUCCAAAACCUCCGAUAUUAUAUCUUUGAAUCUAUCCAGGAACCUUUCUCUUGACCUUCCCCGGGACUUUAUCCAAGCGUGUCACCAGUUGCGUGAUAUCAAGUUCUCUAACAACGAAGCUCGAAAAUUGCCCAUAAGCAUCGGGAGGGCAAACAGUUUAACAUAUCUUGACGUAUCGAAUAAUCGACUAGAGGAACUGGAGCAUGCUGCGCUUGGGCACCUUACUGGCUUGUUGAAGCUGAGCUUAGCAAAUAAUCGUCUGAACCACCUACCUCAAGAGUUUGGCGCUUUCAGGGCGCUUCGCUCUUUAAAUCUAUCUUCGAAUUUCUUGGACAAGUUUCCAGUCUUCUUAUGCGACCUGGAAAGCCUGGUAGAUAUCGACGUUAGUUUCAAUUCAAUCGCAUCUCUCCCAGACGAACUUGGGAGGCUACAAAGCCUCGAGAAGUUUGUCAUGACCAAUAACAGGCUUGUCGGGUCAUUACCGUCUACAUUGAGGGAGCUUCUGAACCUCCGCGAGUUGGAUAUAAAAUACAAUGGGCUCACUGCGAUAGAUGUCGUAUACGAACUUCCUAAGUUGGAGAUUCUAUCUGCGGAUCACAACAUGAUUUCCCAAGUCGUCGGUAGCUUCGAGCGAGUUCGCAGUUUGAAGCUGAAUUCUAACCCCAUCACCAAAUUUGAAAUUACGAGCCCUGUACCAACCCUCAAAAUGCUCAAUUUGUCAAACGCUCAGCUUGCCAGCAUCGACGGCUCGUUUAACAACAUGGUUAAUUUAGAGAGGCUUGUGCUAGACCGUAAUUACUUUGUCUCUCUUCCUAGUACCAUUGGUACUUUGAGAAGGCUAGAGCAUUUUAGCAUAGCCCAUAACUCCGUAGGCGAGCUACCUUCGGAAAUCGGUUGUUUAAACGAACUGAGAAUACUGGAUGUCAGAGGGAACAAUAUUAGAAAGUUGCCAAUGGACUUGUGGUGGGCAAACAAGUUGGAGACGCUCAAUGCCUCUUCAAAUGUGCUGGAGAAUUUCCCAAAGCCCGCUUCACGUCCACCCCAGAUGCCCGGGGAAUCUUCAGGCUCGCCUGCUCCUAGCAAUAAGCUGCCUACCGGACCUCUAUCUCAAGCGUCUAGCUCCGAAGAUCUUCUCGCUGAUAGGUCGCGUCAACCAAGCCAAGCAUCAAGCACAUUGCUAAGCGUCGGACCUUCUCCUGUUCCUGGCGGCUCGGAUAGAAAAAGCUCUGUUGUUUCGGUCUAUGGAAAAGGAGGGCGCAAAACUUCGGUCCUUUCGCGAACGACAACAGCUAGUAGCAGUGUUAACGGGACUGUGACUCCUGCCAUAGGGUCGAGAAAAGACUCGGGACUUUCUACCCGGCUAACUAACACGUUCGCCGGUUCGUUGAGAAACUUAUGUCUUGCUGAUAACCAACUCGACGACGAUGUGUUCGAGCAGAUCACGCUACUUGCCGAAUUGCGCGUUCUCAAUUUAUCGUACAAUGAUUUGAACGACAUGCCACAGCGGUGUAUCAAGAAUUGGCCCCAGCUUGUAGAGCUUUAUCUGUCAGGCAACGACCUCACAAGUCUGCCAGUUGAUGAUCUGGAAGAAUACAGCUUGCUUCAGGUACUUCACAUUAAUAAUAACAAAUUCACGAACCUUCCGGCAGAUAUUUCCCGAGCCAAAAAGCUGGCUGUAUUGGAUUGUGGAAACAAUUCCCUCAAGUACAAUAUCUCAAACGUACCGUACGAUUGGAACUGGAAUCUAAACCCAAAUUUACGGUUCCUCAACUUGUCAGGAAACAAACGACUGGAAAUCAAACAGACAAAUGCUGGCCUGGUGUCCCAGAACCGCGAGCAAUAUACCGACUUUAGUCGGUUGUUGAACCUCCGUGUGCUUGGAUUGAUGGAUGUUACCCUUACUCAGCCAAGUAUCCCAGACCAGAGCGAAGACCGUCGUGUCAGAACCUCAGGUUCAUUAGCUGGCCACCUGCCAUAUGGUAUGGCCGAUACACUAGGUAGAGGCGAGCACCUAUCAACUAUCGACCUGGUCGUCCCGAGGUUUAAUUCCUCAGACUCAGAGACGCUCUUAGGGUUGUUUGACGGACAGGCAUUGUCUAGCGGUGGCUCUAAGAUCGCCAAGUAUCUUCAUGAGAAUUUCGGGCAUAUCUUCUCAAUGGAACUGAAGGCUCUGAAGACACGCCAAAACGAGACACCCGUAGAUGCGCUUAGACGUGCAUUCCUCGCCCUCAACAAAGACCUUGUCACUGUAGCCGUUGAGCAUAGUGAAAAGAGGCCGUUGAUGUCACAUCGUGGUUCGUCGGCGUCUGUAGUUCUUAGCAAGGAAGACCUCAAUUCUGGGGGCGUUGCUACAGUGGCGUAUCUGCAAGGUCAAGAACUGUACAUUGCCAAUGUUGGCGAUGCGCAGGCAGUACUCAUACAAUCCGACGGUCAACAUAAAAUCCUCACGCGGAAACACGACCCCGCAGAGCCGGGCGAGCGUCAACGAAUACGCGAUGCUGGGGGUUGGGUAUCGCGCCAGGGGAAGCUAAAUGAUCUACUCGAAGUCUCCCGUGCCUUCGGUUACAUCGACUUGAUGCCGGCUGUACAGGCGGCUCCCCAUGUUCUCCAGAUACCUAUCGCGCCACAGGACGAAACGAUUUUAAUUGCAACAAAAGAGUUAUGGCAGUAUCUUACUCCCGGCUUAGUGGUCGACGUCACUCGAUCGGAGCGGGGCGAUCUUAUGCGUGCUGCACAUAAGCUACGAGAUCUUGCUAUCGCGUAUGGUGCAACUGGGAAAAUCAUGGUCAUGAUGAUCAGCGUCUCUGAUCUCAAGCGGCGCCAGGAGCGGUCAGCUCGUUUGCAUAGAGGGCAGAGCAUGUCACUGUAUCCCUCUGGCGUCCCAGACGAUUUCCAGUAUCCGACCAAGCGAGGCAGAAAACCCAAAGGGGAGGUCCAGGACUCCACAUUACACAGGCUUGAUCCUGAAGUUCCCGCCCCUACUGAAAAACCUUCUAUUGUUUUCACUGAUAUCAAGAACUCGACUAAUCUGUGGGAAACGUAUCCCUCGGCCAUGAGAUCCGCUAUAAAAGUGCACAAUGAAAUUAUGCGACGGCAACUUCGCAGAAUCGGCGGGUAUGAAGUCAAGACUGAAGGUGAUGCCUUUAUGGUCUCUUUCCCUACCGCCACCUCAGCGCUCUUGUGGUGCUUUGCCGUCCAAACCCAUCUGCUAACGGCAGAUUGGCCCUCGGAAAUUUUGAACUCGGUUUCUUGCCAAGAGGUGUACGACAAUGAUAAUAACCUCAUCUUCAGAGGCUUAUCGGUUAGAAUGGGUAUCCAUUUUGGCGAACCAGUAGCCGAAAUUGACCCCGUUACGCGUCGGAUGGACUAUUUUGGUCCGAUGGUGAAUAAAGCGUCUCGUAUUUCUUCCGUAGCCGAUGGAGGUCAGAUUACCGUGUCCACGGAUUUUAUCUCCGAAAUUCAGCGUUGUCUUGAGACCUACCAGGAAAGUGAGCGAAAUGGAACUGCUGGUGCUGAAGACACUUUCGAUGAUGACGCGACGUCGGCGGCAAUUAGAAGGGAGCUAAAGUCGCUCAGCUCACAAGGGUUUGAAGUCAAGGAUAUGGGUGAGCGGAAGCUCAAAGGCCUUGAAAAUCCCGAGGGUAUUUAUUCCCUCUACCCACAUGCUCUCGCUGGUCGUAUCGAACAUCAUAACAACGCACUGAUAACGACCGAUUCCGCUGAGAAGCCUGCUACACUUCAGCCCGGGAGUGAUCUCGGAUUUGAUCCAAGUCUUAUCUGGUCUCUAUGGAAAGUUAGUUUGCGCCUGGAGAUGCUUUGUAGUUCUUUGGAAGAGAUGUCAGCCGGCGGUUUGCAGCCUCCCGAGACCGAACUAUUGGAGCGUAUGAAGCAACGUGGUGGUGAAAUGACGGAACAGUUUUUAUUCAACUUUAUGGAACAUCAAGUGAGCCGUAUAGAGACUUGUAUUUCCACACUCACGAUGCGACAUAUUGCCAUGGGUAGCGGCCAGAUUACCUCGCUAGAUGAUCUCCGAACACCAAUGGCUGUCGUCCUCGAUAAUCUUGCUGCCCAGCUGGCCGAACUUGAGCGAUACAAGGCUAGAUAUGGCGAUCUUACUACCACUGACAGUGAGGGCGAGGCACUCACUACCGACCAAGAGUCUGACGACUGA